AUUCAUAGUCUACCCUAACUUGAGUUAGGACGCAUCAUGAAGAUCUGGAGUCGUUCUCCAUUUUUAGCCCUGACUUUCGCUUUGGCUUUUCACAAAUUGGAAGCAUCGAGUCAUUGUUCGAGCAUUGACGGAUUACAACCUGACCCAGCUGACGUGGCUUGCAAAAAAUUCCAGCUAUGCGAGUCUGGAUUGCCAAUUGCAAGGUUUACUUGCUCACAAGGAACCGUGUUCCAUCGAUCCCUUCAAAAAUGCGUCCCUGGCAACGGAUGUUAUGUGGCUAUAUCUAAUUCAAGAGAGAAGAUUUACGUUCCAGAAUUCAAUCGAUAUGCAGCUUGCCCUCACGAGAAGAACGUGGUGUGUUAUUUUCCGAGUUGGGGCGUAAAUAGGCCCGGCGUGAGUAAAUUUACCCAAGAAAACAUCGAUUUCUCAUUGUGUUCUCAUAUCAUCUACGGCUUUGUGGAACUCUCUGAGGACUUUGAAAUCACGCCAAGAAAUGAUUCAAUCAAAAGCUUUUUAGACUUUGUCAGCAUCAAGGAGCGUUACCCAAAAGCUGCCUUUUUGGUUGGAAUGGGUGGAUGGGAGCAUUCCACUCAGAACAAAGAUCUCUACCAAAACUUGUUUGCUUCACCGUCCAAGAGUCAAGUUUUUGCCACCUCUGUUGUGACUUUCCUGCAGACAUUCUCAUUGGAUGGUUUAGACGUGGUUUACUUGCACCCAGGAGCUGCCGAUAGGGCUAAUUAUGCUCGAUUCAUGGGGCAGCUCAAGAGUAUGUUCAAACAAAAGGAUGACCUUCUUCUGACGGCAACAAUUUCCGGAGCAGCCUACAUUCUCAGAGAGGGUUUUGAUUUCGAGGCCUUGAGACCGAAUGUUGAUCAUUACCAUAUUUUGGCCUACGAGUUCCAUGGCUCUUGGGAUGCAGAUGCCGAUCAUCAUUCUCCGUUGUAUAAACGACCGUGGGAUUCAAGCGGCUUGGACGUGCAAAGUGUCAUUCAGUUAUUCGUGGAACUUGGAGUAAGCCUUGAGAAGGUUGUGUUAGGCAUUCCCGCCCUAGGGCGUUCAUUCAGGGUCAGUGGAGCCUCGAGAGAUCCACCUCUUCCAAAAAUUGGAAAAGCUGAUCCAGGGAAUUGGACCCACGAUGCAACAUCAUUGGCCUAUUUUGAGAUAUGCCAGAAUAUCAUUUAUAAUAAUUGGACAUUGGUGGAUCAAACCAGCGCUCCUUACGCUUUCAAAGACGAUCAAUGGGUCGGAUUUGAUUCUCCAAUGAGUGUCCAAGCUAAAGCGGAAUAUAUCAGAGAGAAAGGUCUUCGAGGAGCAAUGCUGUUCAACGUGGGAGAUUCAGAUUUCCGGGGUAUUUGUGGUCCUCCAUUCCCGUUGUUAAGAGCUAUCAAUAAAGUAUUUCGCCAAACGCCUUGCCGCAACUUCUACAAGAAACCAAAACAAGUCCAACCAACAUCUUGUAAUAAGACAAAGAAAGUGAUUUGUUACUACACAAACUGGGCCAAGUAUCGAGCCGGAUUGGCCAAGUUUGGCACUUCUGAAGUCAAUGCCACUUUGUGCACCCAUUUAGUGUACGCUUUUCUCGAUCUCGGAGGAGAAUUGACCUUCACCAUCGAUGGGCCAGAACAAGACGAUCUACUCCGGUUCACUGGGAUUAAGGCCAAGUUUCCCAAGGUCAAGUACUUGGCCUCCAUUGGAGGCUCGUCGAGCUCAAGUACCCAUCGACUUCUGUACCAGAGCCUCUUGGAUGACUCUGAUCAUCGGCUGACAUUUUCCAAGUCAGCCGUGGCAUUUCUGAAACACUACAAUUUCGAUGGCCUAGAUGUAGACUAUCAACCUAAGCACAAGGCUGAGCGACAAGGUUAUUGUGAACUUAUCAAAGCCUUGAGCAAGUACCUCUCGGACUUCGAUAUGGAUCUAACUGUGACAAUCAAAGCCCAAGAGAACCUGAUCAAAGACACCUACGACAUUCGAUGUCUUUCCGACCAUACUGAUGCAUUGGUCGCUUUAACAUAUAACCUGCAUGAUAGUCCUGCCAUCAAUACUGGGCAUUUGGCUCCUUUGGAGAAUACAAACCCGUCUAAACUUGACGUCAAGUCCAUUAUGCAACUACUCCUACAACUUGGAGCAUCACCUGAAAAAGUAGUACUAAGCAUACCGGCUUUUGGUCAAUCGUUUACCACCAAAGGCUCCGCCACACAUUCCCCGCAAGCUGUGGCUGCCAAAGGUCGCCAAGGCCAUUUGACCUCAUCCGCAGGGAUCUUGAGCUACACUGAGAUUUGUCUGGAACUUCAAAAUGAAACUUGGAGUCAAGGGGGAACCAAUAUCUCCGGACCAUACAUGUACAAAGGGAACCAGUGGAUCGGAUAUGACGAUCCAUCCAGUAUUAAAGCCAAAGUUAGAUACGUUCUUGACCAUGGCUUGGGCGGAGUGAUGCUGUGGGAAAUCUCGUUUGACGAUUUUAAUCCCUUAUGCUCGGACGUUAAGAACCCGUUGUUGGAAGCGAUUCAUGAAAAUUUGUGCAAAGCCUCAGUGGAACCUCGUUUUAACGUGAUUGUUGAAACAUAUUGACUCUCGUUGUGAAGAAAGGAGCUAAUUUUGUA